AUGGCUGUUGAAAGGAUUGAGGAUGAUGACCUUCCUGUCUUUUCGUGCGAAUGCUGCCCACCCUGCCCCAAUGUUCGUCCUGAAUGCGAAGAUGGAGAGCAAGUCUGUUGCAACGGGGUUGCGGCGCAAAUAGAAUGGGAGAGGGAUUGUCACGAUAAUGAUGAUGUGCCUCUGGUUGGAGGUGUCGAAGACUACUCAAAGUAUACGGAAGGCGGCAGUAUGCAGGCACCCGUCACAGGUCAAAGCCCAUGCGUCAGGCACCGCAAAGCAGCCUAUGCACGAUACAGUUCAGUUCUAGCGGCUAUCGGAUGUAUAUGUAAAGCCCUCAUCGAACGAAAUCUGGAGAGCUGCUGCUCUCCUGCUAGACGGCAACAGAAGAAGACUGCUAGGCGAAGGAAGGAAGGUAGCUGCUGCGGAGGAGCCGACCUCUCUAUGAAGUCAGAUGUCUGCGAGAAGGAAAAUCAGCUUUCGGGGCAAAAGCCCGAAGGCGAUUGUUGUGGGCAAGGGAGAGAGGGCGGCUGUGAGAAGACCGGUCAAGUUUCGAAGAAAAGCAGCUCCUGCUGCGACGAGUCCUGUUGUGAUGAGUCCUCAGAGGAAGAUGCAUGUCAGAAGUCGUGUUGUGAAAAAGAAGCAGGUACAUAUCCAGAAGAUGCAGAUAUCCCCUUGGACGCCUGCAAAAGUAGUGAAGAGGAUGGAUGCUGCAGCAAUAUUAAGAUCUCUGACAUAAGUACACCAGAAUUGCCACAAGGCAGGGCCAUCUCUAGGCUUCAUGACCUUGAGAAGGGCAUUCAGAGCGACACGGAAGCCUUCGAACAGGUCACCCUUAGCGUUUCAGGGCUUAAUUGCAUGGGUUGCGAGAACAAGUUAUUUCGAUCCUUGAAUGCCAUGCACGGGAUCCACAAUCUCCAAACGAGUCUGGUGAUGUCGCAGGCGGAAUUUGGCGUCAAUUCCGAGGCUGCCUCCGUAAGUGAUAUCAUUCGAGAAGUCUCAAAGGCGACCGGAUUCAGCUGUCAUAGGAUCUUCACACAAGACCAUAGCCUGGAUGUGCUCAUUCUGGGUGAUGUGAGAAACUUCAUCAAGCAGAAGAUACCAUAUGGAGUGAAGUCUAUGAUCGGAAUUGAUGGGAAGAAGGUACGUAUCACAUACGACGCCAAACUUGUGGGUGCAAGAGACCUGCUUGAAAGGACUUUCAAUCAUGCAAUCGCACUGGCUCCCGCUCGACCUUCCAAAGACCUGGAGAACGGUAGCAACCAUCUUCGCAAAGCGCUCUUCAUGACAUUAUUCUCUGCUCUGCUGACUAUUCCCGUACUGAUUUUGGCUUGGGCUCCACUGGCCCAGCAUGAGGUAGCGUACGGGGCAACAUCCUUGGCUUUGGCCACGAUCGUGCAAGUUGUCGUGGCUGGGCCAUUCUAUCCGAGUGCCUUGAAAGCAUUGAUCUUUACUCAUGUCGUUGAGAUGGAUCUGCUGAUCGUGCUAAGCACAUCUACAGCAUACAUCUUCUCCAUUGUUGCCUUUGGAUACGAGAUUUCGGGUCGACCCCUAUCAGUAGAAUCUUUUUUUGUUACAAGCACCUUGCUUGUGACUUUGAUAAUGUUAGGGCGGCUCGUGAGUGCGUACGCCAGGCAUAAAGCUGUUCAAUCGAUUUCGAUCAGAUCUCUACAGGCCAGUACAGCUCUUCUUGUCGAUGAUACAAGUCUAGGCGGACGAGAGGUAGAUGCGCGGUUGCUACAGUAUGGUGAUGUCUUCAAAGUGAUGCCAGAUACCCGCAUUCCCACAGAUGGUGCUAUUGUAGCCGGACAAAGCGAAGUGGACGAGUCGCACAUUACAGGAGAGGCCAUGCCCGUCGAGAAACGAAAGGGAUCUAAACUGGUUGCUGGAUCAGUCAACGGCUCAGGACCACUCACAGCUCGUCUCACACGCUUACCUGGGGAAAACACAAUCAGCGAAAUUGCCGCUAUGGUGGACGCUGCCAAAUUCUCCAAGCCGCAGAUUCAACAAUUAGCAGACAAAGUUGCUUCGAUUUUUGUACCAGUCAUCGUGGUUCUCGCUUUAAUGACCUUCGCCGUUUGGAUUGUGCUGGGCGUCGUCCUCCAACACAAAUCUAGGAGCGAUGCUGUAGUUCAAGCCAUGAUAUAUGCAAUCACUGUGCUCAUUGUUUCUUGUCCAUGUGCGAUAGGUUUAGCAGUGCCGAUGGUGAUCGUCAUUGCUGGCGGCGUUGGCGCAAAGCAUGGUGUCGUCUUUCGAUCAGCAGAGACCCUGGAGAUUGGCCGGAAGGUAUCCCAUGUCAUUUUCGACAAGACUGGCACCCUUACGCAGGGCAAAAUGUCUGUCUCGCAUGAGGAAUAUUUGCCUGAUUCGAAUGUACCAGCCGCCUCGCUUGUCGUGGCUCUUACCAUGGACAGCAAACAUCCGGUCUCCAUCGCCGUUGCCAAGUACCUAAAAGAAACAGGAGUUGAGUCUGCUUCCGUCGGAGACGUCGAAUCUGUGACCGGAUGUGGGAUGAAAGGAGUGUGGGAAGAUAGACAGGUUCGAGUAGGUAGCUGCCGCUGGCUCAAUGUUCAGGAGACGCCACAGGUUGCGGCGCUGCUCUCUCAAGGUCUUACAGUCCUCUGCGUAUCACUGGAUGAUGAACUGAUUACAGUCUUCGGGCUAGACGAUACCCUGCGCGCCGACGCUAAGUCGACGGUAACAGAGCUUAAAGAACGCAGUAUUGCUGUCUCUCUUGUCAGUGGUGAUGACGAUGGCGCGGUCCAGAAGAUUGGUAAUCAGCUCGGUAUUCCAAUGGCACGUACCAGAUCGAGAUGCUCACCGGCGGAGAAGCAGAAGUACGUCAAGUCCAUCACGGACGGUAGUAAUGAGACGGUCUUGUUCUGUGGAGACGGCACCAAUGAUGCCGUAGCCCUCGCUCAAGCGGAUAUCGGCCUUCACAUGAAGAGCGGAACGGAUGUUGCUCAAAGCGCCGCUGAUGCCGUUCUCGUAAGGCCUACUCUUUCAGGGAUCCUUGUUCUGAUCGAUCUGUCCCGAGCUGCAUUUCGGCGGAUCAUAUUCAACUUUGUAUGGUCUUUCAUUUACAAUAUCUUUGCCAUCUUGCUUGCUGCAGGAGCAUUCGUUCGUGUACGGAUAGCACCACAAUAUGCUGGGCUUGGUGAGCUUGUUAGCGUUCUGCCUGUGAUUUUGAUAGCGUUGCAGUUGAGAUGGUUCAAAAGUCAGUGA